GCCUCGUCGUCCUCGCCUCGCCCGGCCCACGACACGCUCAGCCGGCUGAGCGGGCUCGCGUGUCCGCCCAGAGACCGAGUAUUAUGGCAUCUAUCAUCGUGUCGCCGCGGCAGCGGUUCGCCGCUCGAGUCGCAGCUGGCAUCGUCGGCAUCCUCGUCUUCAAGUGGAUCUUCUUCGACUCGACCACGCGCGCCGGCGAGAUUGCGCACCCCGACAUUCUCGAGCGCAUCACGCUCGGGACGCCGCUGUCGGGCCAGACGCUCGACACCCGCAAGUACCCGUUCCUCCAGUCGCGCAUCAACCGCGACGAGACGCACGACGUGUUCGACAACGACAUCGACGCGGGCAUGCAGGACUUUUGGACCCGGUUCCAGAAGCCGUUCAUGACCGGGUCCGACACGAUGCACCUCGACGAGCAGGUCGUGCGCGGCGCCAUCGACGAGCUCCUCGGGUUCAACGGGUGGGCCGCCGCGGCGUGCUCGAGCCUGACGAGGCCGUUCGGCAUCUCGAAGCGCGAGGACGACUGGAGCGACCUCGCGAGGCCGGGCGCCCUGUACUACUUUGCGCUCGUCGUCCACGGCGCCGACCACUUCCUCGUCGACCAACUCGCCGUCAUCGUCCAACUCGCGCGCCGCCUCGGGCCGACGUCCGUCUUCGUCUCGAUCGUCGACUACGCCUCGACCGACUCGACCCCGUUCCUGUGCGACCUCGCCGAGAUGAUCAUGACGCUCCUCGGCAUCUCGUUCCGGAUCCGCCAGGUGCCGCCCAUGACGCAAGACCCGACGGCGUCGUACUACCCGCUCGAGGAGGCCUACACGCGCAACCUCGCCCUCGAGCCCCUCCAGGAGCUGUGGGAGCGCCGCAAGGUCCAGUUCGAGCGCGUCAUCUGGCUCAAGGGCUUCACGUGCCCGAACGACAUCCUCGAGACGAUCCGCGUCUCGGUCGUCAACCAGGCGUCGAUGGUGUGCUCGAUGGACUGGAAGGAGCACAACGGCUUCUUCAUCUACAACGACCGGUGGCGCACGCGCGACAUGGACGGCAACCUGUUCCGCGGCUCCAAGUCGACAUCGCCGAUCGACGAGGCGCCACCUCGCGACGCGUACGGCGGCGCGCGGUACACGCUCCACCUCCCGUUCCAGGUCUUUUGCUGCGAGUCGGGCACCCACAUCGUCGACCCGCACAAGUCGUACUACCUCGGCCUGACGUACCACUCGUCGGUCGAGUCGGUGUUCAACACGACGGCCGCGUCGGACGGCAAGGCGCCCCGGUGGAGCGAGGGCCCGUGCAUGGACUCGGCCCAGCUCCACUUUUGUCGCGACAUGUGGAUGGCGUCGUUCCAGGACGGCAUCCGCGACGAGGCCAAGCGGCUCCACAACGAGGAGCGCAUGGGCAAGCCCCGCAACGUGCACCCGUUCAUGGACGACCUCAUCCAGUCGAUGCUCGCGUCGUACGCCCCGACGACGAGCGACAAAGCGGCGGCGCCCGUCGAGGCCGACGAGGUCAAGGCGGCGGCGGCGGUGGGCAAGGGCAAGCGUCGACGCCUCGACAAGCGCCGUCCGCGGUCGCUGCCCAACAACGCGUUCCCGAACGCGAUCGCCAAGAUCCUCGUCAACCCGCGCUGCGUGACGACGUACGCGGGCGUCUCGCACACGCAGCUCGCGCUCGACCUGUUUGGCUCGGGCGAGGACCGCGAGCCGACGCAGCACGAGGGCGGCAAGUACGUCCUCGAUGAGUGGAGGACCGCGCCCGAGAGCUUUGUGUGUCAGGAGAUGCGCACGACCGGAGGUCGCAUCGCGCCCAAGCAGCAGCGUCGCACGGGCUUCCAGCAGUCGCGCCUGUUGCUCAACGGGUGGCGGCCGACGUGAGGAGCUCGGAGCGGGCGGCGAGGAGGAGAGGUCCGGCUCGAGGGGCACGGGCGGUCUGGCUAGAGAUUUCACUUUGCAUUGGCAUACCCUGUUCACCA